AUGUUCAUCAUUAGUUGGAACGUGGCGGGGUGGUCUUCAACAUCCAAGGCGAUCCGAGAGGACUUUGGAAGCAUCGCAUGUUUUCUGCAGCGAACUCAGGCAGACAUUGUGUGUUUGCAGGAAGUGAAGGGAUCAUGGGCAAAAUUGGAGGCGGACCCUUUUGGUAUGGGCGCCAGCGACGGUGGCGGUGCGUUACCCAUCGAAGGGUGGGAAUCCUUCUGGGCCUUUAGCGGUAAGGCACAGCGUGGCUUCAACGGGGUGGCGACAUUUGUUCGGAAAGGCCUUACAUGGUGGUGUGACUCCCGCCCGUUCAGUGAGGAGGAACUGAACGAUGAAGGUCGCGUGGUGGUCACCUGCCAUAGUGCCUUUGUUGUGGUAAAUACGUACGUCGUGAACGCUCGUAACGGCCAGCGCAUGGAAUUUAAGAUGCGGUUUCUGGCAAGUCUAAAAACUCUCCUAAUUCGGUUGAAGGAGAAAACGGGUAAACCGAUCAUUUUGCUCGGGGACUUGAAUCAAACGUAUCGGGCCGAGGACGCCUGCUGGUCGCUGCGACGCCUGAGUUUACCUGCUCUGCUACAACUGGUCCGUUUGUCGAAAGCAGUUGAAGACGAGGGAACAGAAACAUGGGCGCAGCAAUUUCCAUGGCUUCCACUUUCCACCUUGCAACGACUGGAGGCCUUCAUCGUGGAGCAGGCCUCACUUAUGCUUCUCGCCGACGACGUCAAUUCAAGCGUGGGUGGGAAAAACAAGAGCAUCAGCGUUGACAGCGGUGCCUUGUUGGAUGUUAUGAGAGGGAGCCAGGAGGACGGUGAAGACGGCGCUCUUGGAGGCGGUGCCGCUCUCACGCUUCUCGCAAAGCGGAUACGCGAACGCGAGAAACAGCGUAGGCGGAACGGGGGCGCAGGUCUACUAGCCACAUUGGGGGAACUGUGUGACGCAGGCCUUCAAAGCAUAUUUCUGGAUUCACUGCUGCGUCGUCAGCCAGCGACGCACAACCGUGAACUUUUUGUCCUGUCACGCUACUGUGGUUUGCCCCCACAUGGCGACGUGAGUGUGCAGUUCAUGAAGGAGUUUCUCGAGGAGCUGCAUCUGUGCGAUAUCUUUCUUGUGACCUCUGCUCGGGCGAAGAGUACGGAAGAAAAGGGAGAAGGAAAGACACAGACGACGGUGAUGUGUCCAUACACAUGUUGGGAUCAGUCCAGGAAUAGGCGGCAAAGAAAUGAGGGGACUCGUAUUGACUACAUUUUGAUUGAUGAGAUGCUUCUCCCAGCAUUGGUUCCGUGUUGCAUGACGGAGAACAAUGCCGGCGUUUUCGCGUCCAGGAUGGAUGGUGCAACCGCAUCCGUGGCAACAGAAAGUGAGGCGUCCUCCGCUUUCUUUGACGAGUUUGACGGUCGCUCUGCAAUAGUUGGCGCGCGUCGUGCGAUGGCAGAUGGACUUUAUCCUGCCGCCCCUUUUGAUGGCUCUGGACUUCCGCCACUGAGUGUGGAGGCAAGAGACGUGCAGUUCCGUGGUCUACCGUCUACGGGACUGUUUGUCACGCCACCACAGUACAGUGAUCACUGCGGUGUGUGUGCCUGUUUUGACGGUAUUUCGCUUGCUGUGCGACCGGGAAAAGUGGAGGAACGACAUGUCUGCCAGUACCGACCUCCUGUCAGCCUGCAUACACUCUUCGCAAAGCGGGCAAGGGGUGUGGAGGAGGGAAAGAAGUUGCAGGUGCGAUGCCUUGAAGAGAAACAUAAGGAAGAUAUUCAGGCAAUUGAAAUUUCGGACGAUAGUUGCUGA